GCUCAGAGUGUUGUAGAGCAGGUACCACAGUGAGAUUUACUGAAUGCAACUGGAAAGGACCUGCGGUGAGAGGUUUAUUGAAAGAAAAGACCACAGCUGGAAGCAAACCACAACUGAAGACAAGGGAAAAGCAACAAGGAAACCAGCCCGAGGACUGAGAGAACCAUUUCGAGAGAACCCAUCUGAUUCGGAAUUUCCAUUGAUUCAGUCAGGAGAAAGUUUGCAAACACUGAUCACACCUGUCCUCAAAAUGGAUCAAAUUGCGAGCAGUGAAGGAGAGCCAGUGACGUCAACAUCGGGAAAGGACACGGGUCCGAGCUCAGCAAUCACCGAGCUCCUGGCAAGCUGGGACGAUUCCCAGCUGCUGCAGUUGACGGAUAUCUACCGGGACAGGCUGGAGCAGGCGAUGGAAGGAGGGGUGCACGGAGUGAGCCUGGCGUUAACGGCCGAGAAUCAGUUCAGCGGAGAUGAACAUCGGAAAAUCUCUGAUCUCGCUGAUAAGGGAGAGCAGGCGGACAGUUCUAAACUCCUCCUGAGCCUGGUGAUGGAGAAAGGCUCCCGCGCCCGGAGGGUGAUGUGGGAAACCUUUGUGAAAAUGCGGACUGGUGUUCCAGAGUUGGACAAAAUGCUGAAGGAAAUACAGAUAUAUGGUUGUAAUCCCUCCCAUCCAUCAAACCCCGCUCAAGUUUUACUGAAGAUUCUCAGUGAGCUGAAAGAUGUUCAACAGAAACACAAGGAGACUCUGCGGGCACAAACUGAAACACUGAGAGUGAACACGAUCCUGAUGAGGGAGAAGGUGAAGGUUUUCCAGCUGGUUGAUCGAUACGCUGAGCUCACGGUCAUUUCCACUGUUCGAGAUCGGGAAAUGGUGGAACAUGAGCUGCGGGCAAGAGGCAGAGACCACGAGGAGUGGAGAGAAAAACAUCUCCGUGGACACCUGGAAAAACUCCGGACGGAUCAGCUGUUCCAGAGCAGCUUUUCCCGAAGUAAAUCCCAAUCAGAGAGUACAGCGGCAGUGGCCGGAGACCCAGGGAUCGGGAAAACAACAAUGGUUCAAAAGAUUGUUUAUGACUGGGCCACGGGGAAAAUAUACCAACAGUUCCAGUUUGUCUUCAGUUUCAAAUUCCGGGAUUUAAACUCCAUUGACAACAGAAUAAACCUGAGGGAACUGAUUCUAGAUCAGUAUCCUUACUUUGGGAAUAUCCUGAGAGAGGUCUGGAAGAACCCCGAGGGAUUGCUGUUUAUAUUCGAUGGUUUGGAUGAAUUCAAACAUAGAAUCGAUUUUGCUGACAGUCGGAGAGAUACAGAACCCAAGCACCAGUGCCCAGAUCCCGAGUGGUGGUGUGAAGUGUCUGACAUUGUGUACAGUUUAAUCCAGGGCAAGCUGCUCCCAGGGUGUUCAGUGCUGGUGACCACCCGCCCCAAUGAGUUACAUUUAUUGGAAAAGGCUCAGAUCAGGGUCUGGGCUGAAAUCAUGGGAUUUGUUAGUGAGAAACGGAAGGAAUAUUUCAUCAGGCAUUUUGAAGAUCAGAUGGUGGCAGCAGCUGUUUUCAAACACGUGAAGGAGAACGAGAUCCUGUACACCAUGAGCUACAACCCCUCCUACUGCUGGAUCCUCGCUCUGGCACUGGGUCCCUUCUUCACACAAAGAGUCAGGGACCCGCAGCGAGUUCCCAAGACCAUCACCCAACUGUACUCCUACUAUAUUUACAACAUCCUGAAAAAUCACGGCCGUGAGAUUGAGAACCCCCGUGAUGUGUUGCUCAGGCUUGGCCAGAUGGCCUUCAGAGGAGUGUCCGAGAGGAAGAUUGUGUUUACAGAUGGAGAUUUGAUCAACUACAAUCUGCUGCCUUCCCAGUUCCUGUCCGGGUUCCUGAUGGAGCUUUUGGAGAGAGAGGAUUCUGCCCGGAGCGUGGUGUACACAUUCCCACACCUCACCAUCCAAGAGUUUGUAGCUGCAGUCGCACAAUUCCUGAUCCCAGAUUGCAGAGAUAUUAUGAAACUCCUCACUGAAAUCCACUGCGUGAAGGAUGGGCGAUUUGAGGUAUUUCUCCGUUUUGUUGCUGGUCUCUCCAACCCAAUGACAGCUCGGGGCCUGGAGGCGAUUCUGGGUCCAUUUCCUCAUCAAACAACCUGCCGGGUGAUUGACUGGGUGAAGGAGGAGGUUAAACGCCGGAGUGGAAACACAGAGAGUGAAGCUGGUAAAAGGAGCCUCCUGAACACAUUGCACUACCUGUUUGAGUCUCAGAAUCGUAGACUGGCUCAGGACGCGCUGGGAUCUGUGAAAAAACUUUCAUUCAGUGAAAUUACACUGACCCCGAUUGACUGUGCGGUCCUGUCUCAUGUCAUCGGACUCUGUGAUACAAUAAAACACCUCGACCUGGAGAACUGCCACAUUCAGUGUGAAGGAAUCCAGCGGCUGGGACUCGGGCUGCACAAGUGCCAGGAGUUGAGCCUUGGGCAGAAUGAACUGGGAGAUUCAGGAGUGAAACUGGUGUCUGCGGCUCUGAGGAACCCGGAGUGUAAAAUACAGAAACUGUGGCUGGAGGAUGUCGGUCUCACAGAUUCUGGUGCCGAGGAUCUCGUCUCCGCUCUCAGUACAAACCCAUCACUGACGGAGCUGAGCCUUGGUUACAACUCGCUGACUGACGGAUCUGUCCCCGCUCUCCACCGCCUCAUACUGACCCUCCCGAGUCUGCAGUGGAUCCUGCUGUGGGGGAAUCAGUUCAGUGAGACCGGGGAGAAGGAACUGAGAGCUCUCCAGGGACCCAGAUCCGGACUGACAGUGAUGGUGUGAACAUCCCCGCCCGCCGGAUGGGGACAUUUUGCCGAUUCCCCGCCCUCCCCUUUAACACCCGCCCUUACCUUUAAUGACCACGCGCCUAGUUUAAUUCCCAACGGUUUGAAGGGAACCGGCUCCUGCCUCGUGCUCGGUAACAUCAGAAUGGUCCCGCAGUGACGUAUUUCCGCCUGUUGUCCGGCGACGCAGCUUCGUCGCCGGAUGUG